AGUCGAGGAACUGCUUGGUUGGCUCCGCGCUGGCUCCUCUUGUCAGGUUUCGUAGGAAGUGGAUUGAUCAGGAGAAACAGAGCAACAUAUCUGCGUUUUCAGUGCUCCUGACUGGUGCUCCUGUGACAACUUAUCAUGCCUAGGGGCAACAAGAGCAAGGGCCGCUCCAGGGCCAAAAGGCAGCAGACUCGUGGAGAAAGCCAGAAUCUCCAGGGUGCUCAGCCCACUGUGGAGGAGGAGGAAACAUCAUCCUCCCCUCUUGUCCAGGAAGAUACCCUCAGCUCCUCUGAUGUCAGCACUCCUCAGGGGUCCCAGGCUGCAUCCUAUGGCUCUCCUGAGUUAGAUGUGCCAUGCUCAGUUCAUGAUGUAGGUGCUGAGGGUGCUGUUGCAAGUGUUGAGGGUUCUGAUGUUGGUGUUGAAGGUUCUGUUGCAGGUGCUGAGGAGGGGAGCGCACAGGCCUCCAAGAUAGCAGCCGCAGUUCAAUCUGCACGAAGAGAUCCUCUGACCAGGAAGGCCAAUGUUUUGAUAGAGUUCAUGAUGGAGAAGUUUAAGGUGAAAGAGCCUUUCACACAGGCAGAUAUGCUGAGAGUAAUCAACAGGAAGUACAAGGUGCACUUCACUGAGAUCCUCAGGAGAAUCUCUGUGCGUUUGGAAUUGGUUUUUGGCCUUGAGUUGAAGGAAGUUGAUCCCAGUUCUCAAUCCUAUAUGCUUGUGGGAAAGCUGGGUCUCUCCACCGAGGGAAGUCUGAGUGGCAGUAGUGGGUUACCCAAAACAGGGCUCCUGAUGACCCUCCUGGGUGUAAUCUUCAUGAAGGGGAACCGUGCCACUGAGGAAGAGGUCUGGGAAUUCUUAAAGGUAGUGGGGAUAUAUCCCGGGAGGAGUCAUAUAAUCUUUGGAGAGCCCAGGGAAUUUAUCACCAAAGAUUUGGUGAAGGAAAAUUAUGUGGUAUACUGCCAAAUUCCUGGCAGUGACCCCCCAAGCUAUGAGUUCCGUUGGGGUCCCAGAGCCUAUGUCGAAACCACCAAGAUGAAGGUCCUGGAAGUUAUAGCUAAGAUCAAUAAUACUUCCCCUAGUUUCUUCACUAGUAUGUAUGAGGAGGCUAUGAUUGAUGAGGCUAAUAGAGCAGCAAGAAGAGUUACAGCUGUGCCUGGCAAUGUUGUGACUGCCAGGAAUGUCAGGGAUGUCAGGGCUCAUCGCAGAGGUGUGGCCCAUAGCUCCUCUUCUAAGUAGUGGGAUGUUUUAUGAGCUAAAAAUAAUAAAUUUGUAACUUAUUCUGUAAUACAUGAGAAAUUUUAUAUGCAUUUUUCUUUUCUAUUUUGCAAAUGAUCUUUUAAUCAAGAGUUACCGUGCUUCACGGUCUGUUUCUUAACAUUGUGCUUACAUACAUAUUGCUGUUUUUCAUGUUUAAAAUGAAGUUUUGAUUAUUUUCAAACAAACUGAAAAAAUAUUUCAAAAAAAUAUUAAAACGUUAAUUGGAACAGUGAUUUUUUCUGGUAACAUGGUAAUGCUUGGUGGUGGACUAAAGUGAUAAGACUAAUUCAAAAAAGUUGUAUUUUACUCUUUCUUGUAAUGCUAAUUGAAAUAAACUUGGAUUUCAGUACUC